CCCCUUUGCCCUUUUCCUUAUUUUCUCCAAUCUCAGAAGCGAUAACGGGCGGGCCCCACUUCCUCCUUCAACUCCCACACAAAAACGCUGCCGUUUUCAGUUUUUUGUUUCCACCAUAACAGAACAAAACGGGAGCGAUUCUUUGAGUGCUUCAUCUUUUUUCAAUAUCACUCAAUCCUUUAAUUUAAUAUCUUCCCUUACAACCCAAUUACCUAACUAAACCCCUUCUCUUACGCUAAUUAAUCACAAGAAAAAAUAAAGGCUGCAAUAACACACGAACAUGAACAUGAACAUGAACAAACGAGAAUAGAGAAAUUCCUAUGUUGUUGUUGUUGUUGUUCAACGACUUGAUGAUUCCUUUGUUGGAAUCGGAUGGAGGGUGCUGUUUCACCUCAAUCUGAACAAGGAUUGUUAAUGGCACAACAACCCAAUCACCAUGUAAUUGAUAUAACUGAAACUUCUCAUGAAACUGAAACCUCACCAAUUCGCCAAACAAGUGUUACUGAGGUAGAUUUUCGUGUAGCUAGGUUGCGUGUUUCAUCGAAUGGGUCCAAUUCUAGAAUGAUACGAGGGGAUUCACGAGGGGAAGGAGGAAGUCGUAGGACUCCAUUGAAUUCGGGGUUAUGGAUUUCUUUGGAGUUGUUUUUCACAGUAAUUCAGAUUGUUGCUUCUUUACUUGUUCUUUUUUUGUCCAAAAAUGAACAUCCUCAUGCUCCAUUGUUUGCUUGGAUUGUUGGUUAUGCUUCUGGGUGUGUUGUUUCACUCCCUUUGUUAUUUUGGCGAUAUUAUGCUCGACGUGACCAAUCUCCCACUAUUGAUGAUCCUUCGGGGACACUUCUUUCAAAUUCAUCCACAAUUCAAGGUGAAGAAGAUGUUCCUGUUGCAUCCUCUGGUAGCAAUCGAGCUUCAUGGUUGAUGAAUCCGAGCAGACUGAAGAUACUUAUGGAAUACUUCAAAAUCGCCGUAGAUUGCUUUUUUGCAAUAUGGUUUGUUGUUGGAAAUGUAUGGAUUUUUGGAGGACAUUCUUCAGCUAAUGAAGCUCCUAACAUGUACCGGUUAUGUGUAGUGUUUCUUACUUUUAGCUGUGUCGGUUAUGCAAUGCCCUUCAUUCUAUGUGUAACAAUCUGCUGCUGUCUUCCUUGUAUAAUUUCCACUCUUGGGGUCACAGAGGAUCUGACACAAACCCGAGGUGCAACCACAGAAUCUAUUAAUGCUUUACCGACUCACAAGUUCAAAUUGAAUAGAAACAAAAGCAGAGAUGAAAGCACUCCAGAUGUUUUUGAAGGUGGAGUUGUCGCCGGAGGAACUGAAAAGGAACGCAUGAUCUCUGGAGAAGAUGCUGUUUGCUGCAUAUGCAUAGCAAACUACGAAAAUAACGACGAUUUGAGAGAAUUGCCAUGUUCUCAUCUUUUCCACAAAGAAUGUGUAGACACGUGGUUGAAGAUAAAUGCAUUAUGCCCUCUUUGCAAGAGUGAAGUUGGUAAUGUUACAGAUGAACCUGCCAUUGGGGAAAAUACCAGCCAACAAAGGGGUGAUGAGAAUGGUCUUGCCAAUACUUCAUUGUAAUCUAUUUACAAAUAUAUGGUCAUGUACAAAUUACACAAUUGCACAGUUUUGUAAAGCUUUUCCUUCUAUCUACCCACUCUUUUCCUUGGAUGGAUAGUGGAACUUAAGUGAGUUCAUAUUUGUCAAUGCCCUUAUACUGGAGUUAUAAGUGAAUACAAAUUAUACUUGCAGUCU